CGUAUACUACUUAUAGAUUUUCAGUACUGAAACAUACUGAAAGUUGCUGACACGCUGACAGUGAAUUUCGGAAUGCAGCCCCUAUGUUGAUAGUGAUAGCGUUGAUGCAUAAACCAAAAAGAAAAAUCGUGACCAGCCCCUACUGAAAAAAAAAAACGAAAGAAACAGAAUUAAGGAAAAGAAAUUUUUAAUGGCUGAGAUAAUAACGGCAAAUGUACAGAAACUUGGAAAUGAAGAAUUAGGAAAUUCUUGCAAAGAAAACGAAUUUAAGUGCCCAAGUCAUAUGACGCAAGAGCAUGACGGUCUGUCAGAAGUGAAUAAGGAUCCAACGAUGAAUUCCCUUUUCAUCAAAUGUGAAAGAAAAGAUCCUGAUACGGAUUCAGAUCCAAGGUUUAAUAAAUCGCCAAACCAUAUAUGUAGUACACCUAACAAAGUGAAUAAUCUGACGGGUUUUGACGAUACAAAUUGUGCAGAUAAAAAUACAAAUAGUCCUCAAAAGAACAUACACUUGGUUAAUCAAAAGGACUUGUUGAAGAGUCCGGCAUUUAAAAGUCCAGUGUUUAAAAAGUCAGAUAAAUCUGUGGAUAUAACUCCGGUGGACACAUGCCCGCAAAGAAAAAGAACGAUUAGCAUAAAUAGUGAUUGCGAUACGUUCAAAUUAGAAUUGUGCGAUAUAGAAAAUUUCAAUAAUUUUGAAAGUAUUGAUCUAUUGCACGACUUAGAUUCUGUAGUAAAGUUUGAACAUGGUAAUGAUGUUUUAUUAUCCUCGAUGAGGGACGACAAUCUGUCAGAAGACUCAGAAGUGAAUAAGGAUCCAACGACGGAUCCCCUUUUUAUCAGUGAUUCUGAAAAGAAAAAUCUUGACACGACUUCAGAUUCAGACGAACAGUUUAACAAAAAACGUAAGCUCAGAAUAGAAUUAAGGCCUCGAGUAAAAAGGAAAAACAAAUGUCAUUUCAAGAAACGUAAAUCGAAUACAGAAGAGGAAUAUCUUUCAGAAAAGUUGAAAAAUUUUGAGGAAUGGGAAGAAAUCCCGUUAAUUAACAUAAAAAAAUUGAUGGACCUACAUGUAAAACUGACUCAUGAGGUAUCACCACAACACAAAAUAGAGGUUUCUGGAUCUCAUGCGCCAACGAGAACAGCGAAAAUAUUAUUUCAGAAACAUGGGCCAGUCCGAAAUGGUCCGUAUACACCUACAGAGGACAAUAUUAUCAGGAAAAACUGGGAGAUGUUUUGCGAGCUCCAUGACUGGGAUGCAAAGACAGUCGAGCCAUUUCUUUAUUGGAGACACAAUGGAAGAUACUUUAUACGCGAUGUGAAGGAAAGACAGAAAUUUGUUCAAUUUUUGGCAAAUGGGUUACCUUGGCGAACUCUCUACAGCGUUUAUUCCAGAUUUAAAGUAUUAUAUCGCAAUAAAAUCACUACUCGUUAUACUUCUAAAGAAGAUAAAAUAAUUUUAAAGUACAUACAGAAUAAACAUCUUAAGAAACAUGAUACUAAAUUUAGUGAAUUGGGAAAGAUACUAAAACGAACAAGUAGAUCGAUCUUUAUGCGAUAUCAGCAUCUCAAAAAUCAAGCUCAGGAUAGAUCGGAUACGGAACCGUUAGUUGACAUUAGGUGGACGUUACCACUGAUAAAAAAAUUCAUAAAAACUUUACUCAAUGUUACAUUAAGUGAAGAUAUAAGAGAUCUCAAAGAUGCCACGCUUCCCAAGCCAGUGUGGCAGAAAAUGGAAACAAAACUAAAUAUACAUGAGAAUGUCUUAAGAACCUUCUGGCAACAUCAGUUGCAUCUGCAAUUAUUCAGUACAGAUCCUAUUUAUUUAAACGACAUUAAGAUACAGUUAAUUGAAUAUAUGUAUGCAAAAGGAAUAUCGAAUACUCGUGAAAUUAUAUGGCCCAACGUUGCAAAAUACUUUGAUGGAGCAACUGGAGUAUUUCUUUGCAAGGUCUUUUAUUAUCUUGUUCAAGAAUGCAAUAUGAGUGACGUGGAUAAUUUCGUCGGUAACAAAAUAUCAAAAUUGUCCUUAAUAAAUGUUAUGCAUACUGCGUACAUAUAUUAUAUGAGAAUUUUUAUGUUACAGAUGUUGUGGAACACUUAUAUCAUACUAAAAUUCCUGAAAUUCGAAAGGCCCUAACCGAUAAGUUUUUACCUAAAAUUGUGUAUAAAGAUGGGAAAGUAUCUUUACUAAAUGAAAACAGAACAACAGCCGAUACUGAUCAAGAA